GAACACAGUCAUUUCUACGGUUAAAUUUGAGUUUUGAUUGGUAAUUAAGAGUGUAAAAAAAUGGGGGAUCAAGACAGAGACGUUGACUGCUCCAACGCGGCCCGAGGCGUGUGGCUCGUAAAGGUGCCGAAAUACAUCGCUUCUAGAUGGAGCAAAGCACCCCCUUUAUUUGAGGCUGGGCGGCUGAAAAUCACGAAGGGAGCAAACGGCGAAUCAGAUAUUCGCUUCACACUAAGCGAUGAAUGUGUCAACAUGAAAGACCCAGCAGACAAGUCAUCUAUACCAAAAGAACAUCAUUUCAUCAUCUCCAACAUAGCCAACCAGAACUUAGCCGUUUUCGCACAGAACAAAGUGGCGGAAGAUGGUACAGAGCAUUCCUCUGGUAAGGUUUACCUGGAAGGCCAUGUUGUACAGAAAGGUGAAUGCAGACCCCUGGGAGAUGACCACUACAUGCAACUGAAAAGGCAAACUAUUCUGAAGGCUAGCCAACAUGUGCGUCAAGUGAAGCAGUUAAACCGAAUUGUGCAGAACUACAAGCCUGUUGGCGAACCAUGCGUUCAAUCAACGUCUCAGGAUAGCCACCCUUUUGUACGUGAGCCACAGGGCAUCGUGGCCUGCUAA